AUGUCGGCGAGAUAUGUGUCAAGCCAACUUAUCAGGAACAUUCAAAAGGGCACAAGGGUCGUUGCUGUGGAAUAUGUCGACAAGACAAGUGCCUGGACCCGUCCACAAGGCUUCCCUUCCGAAAGUGUCAAAUCAGACUUCACUCAGGUUGUCGAGGAGAACAUUGAUAGUCUGAAUCCUGCAACAACUCGAGUUGCCAUGAAGGAAUCCGAGCAUCGAAGCGACAAUGAUAAACGGUUGCAUUACACUGGCUACGAACUGGACAACAAGGGCACUGUUCUCGAGACACGGCAUUUUGUUAAGCAGAAAUAG